AUGGAUGUGCCAGACGAGCCGACGACGCCCUUUGGCGUCGUCAGCGCCCACACGAGCAAGCUGCAAAGGCAAUACCAAGCACUUCUCGACCGAUCAACGCCCUACGUCCUCUACCGGUGGAUAGGCACCGGUGUCGGUUUGAUGAUCUUCUUCCUGCGUGUCUUCAUGGCACAAGGCUGGUACAUCGUCGCGUACGCCCUAGGUAUCUAUCUGCUCAAUCUCUUCCUCGCCUUCCUCCAGCCCAAGUUCGACCCGUCCAACGAGGCGCUCGACAAUGACAUGGAGGACGGCGCGGUCGGCACACUCCCCACCAAGCAGGACGAGGAGUUCCGGCCGUUCAUCCGCCGGCUGCCCGAGUUCAAGUUCUGGCACUCAGCAACUCGCGCCGUCGCUAUCUCGUUUGUAUGCAGCUGGUUUGAGAUAUUCAAUGUGCCCGUCUUUUGGCCUGUGCUGGUUAUGUACUGGCUCAUGCUGUUCAUCCUCACAAUGAGAAAGCAAAUCCAGCACAUGAUCAAGUAUCGCUAUGUGCCUUUCACCAUUGGCAAAGCGCGCUACACCAAGAACAGCUCGUGA